AUGAAUUAAGUAAAUUAAGAGAGCUUGGAAUUAGCAAAAGAAAUGCUAUUAGUUGGUCUAAAUAAUCCAGAAUUGAAUGAUAAUAUAGAUAAGGAAUGGAAUUCAAGAAGAAACUAACCCAGACCCAAGACAGCUUUACAUGAUAGAAGAUAACAAUAAUUAUAAGAGUUAAAGGAACAUUUUACAUCGUCCAAUCAGUUAUAAUAAUAGCAAGCAAAAAAGGAAAGAACCAAUCAAUAAGUUCAUCAAAGAUUUUCACCUUUACCUUAAAAUAAGGAGUUAGGAGCCCAUUUCGUGAAUGCCAUUGAAAAAUUCAAUGAGAAUUUAACCAGAGAUUCAGGUGUCUCAUUAUGCUUUAAUUUGAUUGAGAAAAACAAAGACUUAUAAUCAGUUUAAACAAUGAUAGAAUGUUUAUACAGCAGUUCAAAAAAAAACAUUAAUCCUAAAACAAAUAGUUAAAAUACACUUGCAAUUGAUAUGGAAUUGAUCACUUUAGGGGAAAUAAUUAAGUAAAAUGAAGAAUCCUUAACCCCUUACUUAAUUGAUAAGAUAUUUCAAAUAAUAAAAAAGCAAAUGAAUGUAAGAAUAGAUUAUAUAUAGAGUAAUGCUGAAACAACAAUUUAAGCAAUGAGUUAUGUUCUUAUGUAAUUGUUAUCUCAAAUUAAUGUGUCAAAAAUUUAUUAAGAAUUAAAUGAAUGUAUAUAUGACAAAGCAAGACAAGUUCAAGUGGGUACAAUUUUACCUUACCUGUGUUAUUAUUUAUAGUAAUAAAAUAAGAUCGAGGAGUUUACUAUUUUAGGAUAAUCAAUUUUUGAAAUUUUUAAAGUAAAAAUUUUAUAAUAGAAUAGAAAUUGAUGAUUGACAGUUUCGAGUUUUUGAAGUGUAUAGAAUUUUUACUAUGCUUAAAUUUGAAUUUGAAUCAUGAAAUCAUUAUUUAAAAAUCUUUAAAGUACUGUUAGGCACCUAUUAAUAAGAAUUCAAAAUACUAUUUAAUAGUUUGUUAAGCCUGUAAGAUUAUCGAACAUAUGGGAUCAAAAACAAGAUUGAUGUCAAAUGAAGUAAUAACAGAGAUGGAAAAGUUAGUUAAUGACAGAAGAGUGGAUGUGUAGGUUGCAGCUAAAAAAGCAAUAUCAACUUGGAAAGAAUAAGAAAUAAAAUUAAUUGAUAUUUAAUUGGAUUAAUUUUACAAUAAAAUUGGAUUUUGUUAGACUCCAUAUACUGAAUAUUAAAAAAGAGGGUUUUAAAGUCUAAUAAGGGCAAGUUCUUUUGUGAGAAAGAAUUCAAGAUCUCCAAGCCUACCUAAGAAACUUUAGAAUUAGGCAGCAAAACCUAAAAUUAAGGAGAAACUUAAUAAAAUAAGGUCUAAUUCACCAAAGUUUUAAUUAUUAGAGGAAGACACAGAAGAAAUAAAAAGAAACUAAGCUUUAUAAUUAUUGAAAUAAAAAAAAGGUGAUUGUAAAUAGGAGUAAAAGAAUAACGAGGAAGAUAUUUUUGAGGAUUCUUUAGAAACCAAUCCAUUCUAAGUUAUUCCACAAAAAUCUCAUAGAAAAUAAAGCUAAAUUGUUGAAUAAAAAGAAGAAUUAUAAUAUAGCUUGAUGCAAGGUUAGCAAAAUAAAGAAGAUGCUUAGUAAUUGAGUAGGAUGCCAAAUAUAUAAUAUAUUGAUAAUGUUUAGACAAUCAAAAAAUCAUUGCAUUCACAAGGUUAAGAGGAAGAAAAAGGAAACUCUGAUCCUGUUAAAGAAAUCGUUUAAAAUAUAGAAUAGGAUAAAUAAGAAAAUUUGAUUAAUUAAUAAACAGAGUAUGAAAAGGAAUAGCUAAUUCAAGAUAACAAUGUUUAAGAAAAUUUCUUUAAUGAUUUUCAUCUAGAGAAAGGUAAAUAAUUGAUUUAAGGAUUAUAAAAUAAAGAAACAUCUUAAGGAGAAUCCAAAAAUUAAGAAAUUUAGUAUGAGAGGAUUUAACAAUAGAUUUAAAAAGUUAGAAGUGGAAAUGUGAAAAAACAGGAAGAAGAUGAAAUAUCAUUUGAAGAAUUAGAAAAUUAGUAAAAUGGCGAUAGUAAUUAUUUUAAACCUUUUGAAAUUAAGUAAAUAUCCAAUUUCGAUGCAUCCAUUUAAGAAUUCCCAAAAGAAUAUAUCUCCAAAAACAAUAAUAUUAAUUAUGAAUAGGAAUUGAUUGAAGUUAACAAUGUGAAUUAAGCACUUUAAUAAGAUUAAGAAAUUAUAGAGUAAAAUAUCUAUGAAAGAAAAGAGAAUGAAUUAAAAGUUAAAUCUGAGUAAGUUAUGCAAGAAGAAAAUAUAGAACUUGAUUUAACAAUAGAGGAUAUCAAAAAUCUUGAUGCAACAAGAGAUGACUUAGAAUAAAAGGAGAAUAUAGAAGAUUAAGCGAUAUUAUAAAAAGAUAAUGAAGGAAAAUAGUUGUUAAAUAUAGAAGAAAUAAAAAAGAUAGAAGAAAUAUAAAAAAAUAAGAGAGAAUUAAUUGACAAUUAAAUUUUAGAAUCCAAUAACAAAUAAUAAUAAUAAGAGUCAAUUAAAAAAGAAGAUUUUAAAGAAAGUUUGACAAACAAAAAGGUUGAAAAGUAGAGCUAGAAAAGAGCAAGAGAUAAAAGAAAUAGAUAUUAUUUUGAAUAAGCAUUAAAUAAGGCAAAACAGAAUGUGAACGAGGGGUAUGAAAUGGUGUUUGAAAAUUGUGAUGAUUUAUAAAAGAUACAGUAUUUUAAUGGUUAAAUUAUAGAUUCAUGAUGAUGGUAGAUCUACAAAUCAACAAAUUAAAUAAUAAAAUUAUGAAUAAGAUUAUUGAAUUCAUGAACGAAAUGAGAGAAACAGAAGUAUUGAAUGUUUUGGGAAUAAAUUUAUAUAAACAAAUAAAGGAGUGUGAAUACUUUGAUGAAAUCAACCAUGAGGAUAUGCAGGAAGUGAAAAGUAUAUUAUAUGAAAUUAGCGGAAGCAAUUCUGAAGGAAUUGGAAUGAUGGCAGUAAAUAUCUAUAAUGAACUUUGA